UUCGCACCAUUUAUAAAUUUAAGCAACAAACACCAACAACUCGCUGCACUACAAGGUUAAAAUGGACAAAAAUUUAAAAAUAGUUUUAACACUUUUCUUGCAAAUUUUCGUAGGAAAAACUUUCAGUGCAUCCACUAGCGAAUUUGUUGCUGUUUCCACAACGAAACCUGAGGUUCUCACCCUUUCCGACUUCCUCGCCAAAAUAGAGACAAGAAUCGAAUACACACAAACCCUCAAAGAAAACACCCAGCGGCUGCAAGCACUCGAACAUCAAAACACCCAACUACAAACCACCCUCGACUCAGCAAAUUUGCAACUGAAUUCGAUUCAAACCUUGCUGGAAAAAUUAGCCAAUGCGAAAACUCCCACCCAGACGAAAUCUCUCCCAACUAGUUGCAAAGACAUAAAAGACAGCGGCAACAAAGUCUCUGGAAUGUACCUAAUCCAACCUAAAUACUCCUCGGAAUCGUUCAUGGUCUUGUGCGACAUGGACACCAGCGGGGGUGGAUGGGCCUAUUUUUUGAGCAGGUUUGACGGUUCCCAGAACUUUUACUUAAACUGGACUGACUACAAAAAUGGUUUUGGGAGUUUGUCGGGGGAGUUUUGGCUAGGUUUGGAGGCUUUGCAUCAGUUGACAGGUUUUGAGGCCAACGAGUUGCUGGUAGAACUGGAGGAUUUUGAGGGAGGAAAGGUCCAUGCUGCGUACAACGCCUUCGCGGUUGGUAGUGAAGACGAAGGCUAUCCAAUGAAGGUCCUGGGUUCUUAUAGUGGCAACGCUGGGGAUUCGUUGCGGUACCAAGCUGGGAUGAAAUUCACCACUCUGGAUAGGGAUCAAGAUUUGCGGCCGGGGAAUAAUUGUGCAGCCCAAGAGAAGGGAAGUUGGUGGUACAAUACGUGUACCAUGUGUAACCCAACUGCUAGGUACUUGAGAGGAAAUGUGACGGAAGCGGAUAGGUGGCAGAUUGUGUACUGGGACGGUUUUAGAGGUAGUGCUUACAGUUUGAAGAAGGUCGGGAUGAUGGUUAGACCCAGAGGGCGUUACAGUUCCACCGUACUACCAGUGAAGAAAUGAAUUUGUUUAUUCUUACAACAAUUAUUGACAAAAUAGCAAUUACUAUCAAAUAUAUAAUAAUAAUUUUUUUUUCCGA